AUGUGGGAGGAGCCAAUCGAGGAGGACAACUUAGCCAGGGGCUAAACUCGCCCUGCUAUCGCCAGAUUCGGAGGAUAAAAAUUGCAGAAUUCGCCUGCCUGCUUUGACUGAAAACGGUUACUGUACUUUUCAUCACCUCGUCGAAGAGAGGGAGGCCAGCCCAGGAUGAACGGCGACUCAGGUGCCGGCGUAGUGACGGCCCACCCUCCCGCCACUGCCCCUCAUAAGGAGCGCUACUUUGACCGGGUGGACGAGAGCAGCCCCGAGUACCAGCGCGAGAGGAACAUGGCGCCCGACCUGCGGCAGGACUUCAACAUGAUGGAGCAGAAGAAGAGGGUCUCAGUGAUACUGCAGAGCCCGGCAUUCUGUGAUGAGCUGGAGACAAUGAUCCAGGAUCAGCUGAAGAAGGGCAAGACGCCCACCAGCCUGUUGGCCCUGCAGCAGAUUGCCGACUUCAUGACUACCAGCAUGCCUUCCAUGUGUCCCGCUGCACCACAGGGUGGCAUGGCGGCGCUCAGCAUGAGUUUGGGAAUGGUGACUCCGGUGAAUGAUUUGCGCGGUUCGGACUCCAUUUCGUAUGACAAAGGCGAGAAGCUGCUUCGCUGCAAGCUGGCGGCAUUCUAUCGGCUCACCGACUUGUUCGGAUGGUCGCAGCUCAUCUACAACCAUCUCACAGUUAGGGUAAACUCCGACCUGGAGCGAUUCCUUAUUGUCCCUUUUGGACUCCUGUACAGUGAAGUCACCGCCUCCAGCCUGGUGAAGAUAGACCAUCAAGGUGAGGUUGUGGACCAGGGAAGCACCAACCUUGGUGUCAACAAGGCCGGCUUCAACCUCCACUCUGCCAUCUAUAUGUCACGACCUGAUGUCAAGUGCAUUGUCCAUAUACACACGUCCGCAGGGGCAGCCGUGUCGGCCAUGAAAUGCGGCCUGUUGCCCAUCUCCCCAGAGGCUUUGGCCCUUGGUGAGGUGGCCUACCAUGACUACCAAGGCAUACUGGUGGAUCCCGAAGAAUACGUUUCGAUCCAGAAGGACUUAGGCCCAAAAAGCAAGGUGCUCAUCUUGAGGAACCACGGCUUGGUGACUAUGGGCGAAACAAUCGAGGAAGCUUACUAUUACAUCCACAAACUGGUUACCGCCUGUGAGAUUCAGGUGCGAACACUGGCCAGCGCUGGAGGACCAGAUAAUUUGGUCAUGCUCGACCCAGGAAAGUACAAGUCCCGUCCUCGUGUUCCUGAGCCUGCCGGCGAAGGCUCUCCCGCACAGCCCAAGUGGCAAGUUGGGGAGCAAGAGUUUGAGGCUCUCAUGAGAAUGCUCGACAACCUGGGCUACAGGACCGGCUACCCUUACCGCUGUCCGGCACUGCGGGACAAAGGCAAAAAGUACAGUGAUGUGGAGAACGCUCACUCUGCCCAUGUUGGUUAUACUUACGGGGAGGACAGUGACUCGGGCGCGCGCUCCCCGCUGAAACACAGCUUCCAGCGUGGCCAGCGUGACAAGACCCGCUGGCUCAAUGCCGGUGCUCGGCCCGACGAGCCCUACGAGGACGGGCCUGACGGUGGCAGCCCCAAGUCGAAGCCUAAGGUGUGGACGAACAUAACACACGAUCACGUCAAACCCUUGCUGCAGUCUCUCUCGUCCGGUGUCUGCGUGCCAAGCUGUAUAACCAACUGCUUGUGGACUAAAGAGGACGGAAUGCGACAGGCUGCUGUCGCCAAUCAGUUCAUCCCAUUGAACACCAAUCCAAAAGAAGUGCUGGAGAUGAGGAAUAAGAUCCGUGAGCAGAAUCUGCAGGACAUUAAGACCGCAGGACCUCAGUCUCAGGUUCUGUGUGUUGGAUCGGUGGGGGAGCGCAGCUUUCAACAGGACGUCCCUCUGUCUGACUGUACAGACACUAUUGAUGGCCUCGAUGCCCCAGAGGGGUCCUAUAGUCCUGCUAGAUCAAUUAGAAAGGGGGAGCUGGUGACCGCCUCUAAGGCCAUUAUUGAAAAGGAGUACCAACCCAAGGUGAUUGUCAGCAAGCAGGGUCCCAACCCCUUCAACAAGCUCACUGACCAGGAGCUGGAUGAGUAUCGCAGGGAGGUGGAGCUGAAACAGAAAGGGACUGAAGUGCGGGAACAAUGCGACUCUGCCGCGCUGUGUUCUGAGAUGGAAAAGUUACUGAAGGUUCAAGGCCCAGAUCCCACUCCUCUGCCCCCUGCAAUCGACGGUGGCCCCGAGCAGGGCCCCUCGACCCUCGAUCUUGCAGAUGAGGUAUUCUGCGACUCUCCCCAUAAGGAGUUCCACUGUGCCGUGCUGCGAGCCCUCAGCAAGGAGCCACUAGGGGCAGAUCAUGCUCCAGAUCAAGAGCAACUUGCAGAACCCGAAGUGGAGGAGGCCAAAGACCCAAAGGCCAUCUGUACACCCCCCAGCACCCCAGUAAGAGCAGAGGAAGAGACCUUGCCAGAGCCCACCUUUAAGGACGAGAGCGACGCAGCCACCCUGAGACAGACUCUGCCGGAUUUAACCCCCGACGACCCUUCUGACGCUCCAGCACUUCCUGCUGAAGACUUCGCCACCGCCCCCGUCCCCGUCCCAGCCCCCACAGCCACUGAGCCCGCCCCUGCUACAGAAGCCGCUGUUGACGGCGAGGAACUCGCCGACGCCGGCGAUCAGGAGGGCGACGAGUCUCCCAGCAAAUCGCCUUCCAAAAAAAAGAAGAAGUUCCGUACUCCUUCCUUCCUGAAGAAGAACAAAAAGAAGUCUGAGUCGUAAAUGAGUCUCACAUUUCUUUUUAGUUCUUUUUACUUUUGUUGCAUCAAUCUACACCAACUGUUUUAACAUUUGUCGCUUGCUUUGUCACCUGUUUUUGUUUUUUUUUUGUUAGCGCUUGCCAAUUUUGCAUACAGUGAGAAAAUCAUUUCAUUUUCCUCAUUAGAAGCUUUUAGCUGUGAGUGAGUGAUACCUCCUGUCUUGUCCACUCUGCUGGCCUUUAAUGCAUGUCUAUUAAGAGCAGGCACCCUGUUUGUUUGUUUGUUUGUUUGUUUGUUUGUUUUAAAGGGUAUUAUUCAUUCAACUGUUGUAACCACUAGAAUGUAUCGGGAUUGUAUAACAAUAUGAAAGUGUCUUUUAAAAAGCAAAAAAACAGCGACGGCGGAAAGCAAAAACAUGUACGAAUGAGAAAUUGCAAGUGUCGGCAAACGGCUUAGCGAAUUAUGCAACGCUUUAACCAUAGAAGCUCCAGUAAGUCAAUUGGUUUAUUCUGAUGCAGAGUGAGACACCCCAGGAAGCGUCCACAAGCAUCCAAUGGUUGCUUUACUAUGAAGGAAUGUGUAAAAACAGUAUCUUUUUUUUUCAUCUGUUGUUGGAUUUAAACUUUUUUUUCUUCUUCUGAAAGAAACGGGCAAGAAUGCUUUAUUUAGUGUGAUGGUUAAGUAUUUUAUUUUGUCACAUUGUAGACGAGCCAUAAUUGCUUGCUGUGAGAGAGCACUGUGAGCCACCACUUUCUUCCUUUUUCUUUCAUCACUCUGCAAACUUCUUAUGUAUUUGCUUUUAGCUUGAGUACCACAGAACCAAACAACAUCCACUGUUACAACUCUGCCAUCUUUUAUCAACCUGGAUCUCUUCUAUAAUGCACCUCUUUUAUUACAGAGCAGACUUCUGCCAUCAUUGUGACAUAUGGAGCUGUGCUAUAGGUUGCAGGGCAUUAAAACAAUGGCCCAAUAUAUAUGCUUAUUUUUUUUCUGCCUGAACCACUUCCAACUAAAUGUCUCAUGUUAUCAUCUACUGAUGUACUACUUCCACUUGUUUUUUUUCUUUCUACCAUAAAUAAAUAUGCUACGUUGAAAUGUG